GAGCCCACCGCCCCGCCCUCGCCGCGGGCCCGGGGCGCUGAGAGGGGCGCGCAGCGGAGCUCUCAGACCCCGCGCCCCCAGGCCCAGACCCCUAAGAGCGCGGGGCUCACUGAGUUCCCCCACCUGAGCGGCAGGAUCGGGGAGGGUGUCGGUGCGGAGAGCCCAGGAGGUCCCGGCCUAAGGCCGUGGGCGGAAGCCCCUCUGGGAGCCCCUCCCCAGCCAUGGACAAGCCCAGUCUUCCAGAGCUCCAACAGCCUCUGCUGGUGGGUGUAGGCGGUGAGCCCCCUGUCCAGAAGCCUGGCGAGCCUGAGCCAGGGCCUCCCUUUCGAGAGACAGCCUUUGCAGAAUCACUGAGGGGUUGGCAGUUCUUGCCACCAUCUCUUCCUUCUGUGAGUGCUGUACUGGGGGAGCCAGGGCUCCCCGACCUUGAGGAUGUGUCAUCCAGUGACAGUGACUCGGACUGGGAUGGGGGCGGCCUUCUCUCCCCACUCCUACCCCACGACCACCUCGGCUUGGCUGUCUUCUCCAUGCUGUGCUGUUUCUGGCCCGUGGGCAUUGCCGCCUUCUGCCUGGCCCAGAAGACCAACAAGGCUUGGGCCGAGGGGGACGUCCAGGGGGCAGGGGCCGCCUCCCGCCGCGCCUUCCUGCUGGGGGUCCUGGCCGUCGGGCUGGGCGUGUGCACGUACGCGGUCGCCCUGGUGACCCUGGCCGCCUACCUCGCCUCCCGGGACCCGCCUUAGUUGCCCCUGCGGUCCCCACUGUGAACCCAGAGGCCGGCCGCCCAGCGCGUCCGCGGUCGGAGUGGAGAAUCCAGGUGAAUGAGGCGGCGGCGGCAGCAUCCAGAAACGGAGAGUGAGUCGGUGCUCCCCCACCCCCCUUCCUGGAGGCCGCAAAGAGCAAUUAAACACCAGACACUCCUGCCGCGAAA